CUAAUCUGGAAUCUCUUUUUCUCACACAAACUGAUACACACUGGGAAACACAUUCAUUCUGCUGCUGGGACUUCAUUCCUGUGAACAUGUCUAAAAGUUUCUUUGUAGAUGCUGUAGUUGACAAAGCAGCUACGGCUGCCAAAACUAAGCUGAAAUCCAUGCUUGGUGGAGGGGAAGACAACAAAAAUAAACCAAGCGGCUCAGGAGGUAUUGGAGGCCUUUUUCCCUCAGCAGGAGACUCGAAUAAAAAAGAGAAGAAAGGACUGUUUGGAGGCCUGUUCUCAACACCCGAGAACGAGAUGAACCCAGGAGAAGCAGAAGUAGGAGGAGGUGCAGAAGGAGGUGGUGAAAGUCAGGAUUUCAACUCGGCAGUGGAUGCGCUUGCUGGUUUGUAAACUGAAGGAGCCAGGAAUGUUUCAAAAUAUCACCGAAACUGUCACUGCAAUUACUGAAUCUUUGCUUUUCUUCUGAAUGGAGCUGGACAGAACAAAUACAACAGGAAAAAGUUAUUGUGGAUAUGAAGGCAUGAUAAAUGAACAAGCAACUAAUCAGCCUAUUACUAUUUUAUCAAUCAACAAAUAUCAAGUAGCUCUACAUGUCCAUAUAUGAUUAAAAGUGUUUGGUGGAUUUAUAUAAAUAAUGUUUUUAUACUCAAUAUUGUAUAAAUAUGUCAAAAUUAAAACUGACAAAUGUGUAUUAUUACUAUAAGGUAUCAAUUUCUGACAUUAGAUCUAUACUAAGCUUGUUUUUACACCCAUAUUUUAUGUUUUAGAAUUAAAACAGCCUACUGAUGAAUUUAGAAAUAAUGUAAGUUAUUUGUAUUUGUUUUUUUAAACUUGUGCCCUUGAUGCAAAGCCCCACUCAGAGCUUAGUUCUAUAAACGUGUUUUUAAGUCUCUUUUGUUCAAAUAUGGAAGUAAAAUAAUUUGAAUAAAGAAAACUGUUAAUGAAUGGUUGACAGUUGUAUUGUGAGAAACCUCA